UCGGUGACGACACAUCGUGAACAUGGAGCAGGAGAGAACAAGACCUAGCGUUGUAAAAUUAAAAGAGGAAAAAGAGAAGGAAUUAAGAGAGACAGAACAGCGAAUGAACGAUCUCUUAGGAGAACUGGAAAUGAUGGAGCAAUUACCGGCGGAUGAGGCUUUGACAUAUGAAGAGAUUCUUGACGCUCAAAAAGAGAAUCAAAUGGAGGAUGGAGAGGUUAAAGAAGAGAAAGAUCAAACGAAAAUUAUCGAGGAGGAAACAAAGGAAUUCCUGGGAGAGAACCCAUCUGAAGUUGACCAAAAGAAGCUUUUUUUAAUAAAGACAGUAGCUGACAGAGUUAAAGUCUGGUCAAGAAAGGGUCUGGCAAAUAAGGAGGAAAAACAAAGGCUCCUAACAGCGAUUCCUAGAAAAAAUGAUGAAAUAAAUUUAGAGGCUCCAAAGCUAAAUGAGGAAAUUUCAGUCAGUCUAACACAGAAAGCCCUAAUAAAAGAUGGAUUUUUUAAGGAGUAUCAGGACCUCUCAGGCGCAGCCUUGUCAGCGGCUUCAAUAGCCUUGAGCAUGAUCUUAAAUGAUAAGAAGCAACCAUUGGAAAGAGAAUCUCUUCUAGAUAAUUUGGGUGGUACAGUUAGACUGUUGUGUGAAUUGUUUUAUCAAUUAACUAAUGCGAGAAAACUUUUCAUAAUGGGCAGAUAUAACGACAACAUACAAAAAGUAGCCAAAAAUACAGAGUCCACAUCAUUACUGUUUGGUGAUGAAUUUAAAGCAAUUCUAGAAAAUGCUAAAUCUAUGGAAAAAGCUGUUAAGGAUUUGAAACCAAAAAAUAACAAUUAUAACAAUUAUAGACCACCUCUAAGUCAGAAUAAUUAUAAUACAGCUAACAACAACAAUAACGCUUUAAACUGGAAAAGCUCCCCCUCCAACCGUGGGGGCAGGGGGGGCUACAAGAAUCAACAACCUUACAAUCGACUAGGCAACUCAAGAUCAUCCAAUUCCAGCAGCUCUUCGUACCACAGGACGUAUCCAGCAAGGAGAUUUUACACACAAUCCCAACCUUACCAGCAGAGGAGACGAUAAAUUCAGUUGAAAAUGUUAAGGUAAAAACAGCAGGAAGACUAAAAUUCUUUAUUAAUAAAUGGAGAGAAAUUACUGAUGACAAAUUUGUAUUGGAAGCGAUAACAGGUUAUAAAAUUGACUUAGAA